AUGUACUCGUUUGAUCGAUCCAUGAGCUUAAGCUGUGGCCGGUCGACUGAGAUAUCAGACUGUGUAAUUGGUGCUCGGUUGCCCGGUUUCCGCAUCGAGUCCGUGGCGACACAGGCCGAUAUCCAAGGAUAUCUCCAACGGUACCGUGCCCUUCAGCUCCAAUCAAAAAUCUACGACUCCUUGAACAAACAACCACGGAGAGGUACCAUUUCUUCCAGCCAGAUCAUUGUUGCUCUCAAAGCCGAGUUGGACUGCUGGGAAAAGGAGAAUAUUCCCACAUACAGCAGUAAAGUACUUUUGGAGAGCGAAUUGUCAAUGGGCAAGAUGCUCCUGUACCGCCCUUGCCGCCUUGUCCCCGAAAGAUCGGCAGAGGAGAACAUGGAGCUAUGGACAGCGUCACUGGGCUUCGUGGCCACAUAUCGCCAGCUAGUCGAGUCGAACAGGAUAUUUUACGUACAGAUUGCAUCCGAAAAGACCUACUGGGCCGGCCUUGCCAUUUUAUAUAGCUUUUGGAGGCUGUAUUCUCUUUCUCUGUCUGGAGAGGAAGUAGGUAGGCGAACUAACAUUGUGAGGCAAACUGAUCUGUGGAAAGCCAUCCAAGAUGUAAUGUUUAUUCUCCGGACCUUGAGCGAGCGAUGGGGAGAUGGCAGGAUCCUGGUCAAGCAAUUUGAAAUGACGAGCACUUUUGCCAUCGCAGUAGCGGAGAGCGGAAGGAAUGGGCUUUCGGACACGCUGGAGGUGCCUCGGGAGAUUCAAACGUUCGGAUCGUAUGUCAGCAUGACGAGCAUACGGGCCUCGAAAGAGCGCGAUGGUCUCAUUCAGCAGGAUCUAGACUUGCAGCAGUUUGUUGCUGAGAUGAUUGAGAUCUAG